CACGCCCCUGGCUUUGGAAUCUGGUGGAGUGUGCACCAUGCCUUCUCCCCUGUCCCAGAGUCCCCACUUUAUUGCCUUCCAUUCCUCUUUGCCCGUAUUUGUAGACCAUGGAGAUUUGGAUGCGGGCACCUUGGGGGGCUGUCCUUCCUGCCCCACUUGCCCUUUGGGGGACAGAAGUCAGUGUGAGAACUUCUCUGAUAAGGUGCCAGAGGAGGGGCCAUCUGACCUCACUGGAUGGAGGAGGCAGGUGUGAAGUCAUAGAGUACCUUCCAGAACAGGCAAGGGCUGGCCUGAGACGUGAGGUUGAAGAAAGGAGUUCCCAGGUGAGGUGGGAGAGAGAGAGGCAGGCAGGCGUUCGGGAAGAAGGGGCAGCACUGGCAAAGGUUGGAGGUGAGGUUCUCCUUGCCAUGGGAGAGACACAGACCGCGGCAGCGGGGCUGAGGGAGGCUGGCAUCAAGCCCAGCAGUUAGACCUAGGCUGCUGGUGCCUCCUGAGGCAAUGGGAGCUCUUGAGCAGGGGCCUGACACCUCAGAGGAAGGCUGCUCUGGGGUCCUGAUGGAAGAUGGCUGGAGUUCCGAAGACUAAAGGCUGCUGAGGCAGAGAAGCCGUUGCGUGAAAUUGGUGGUAGAGCUAGGCAGGGGAGGAGUCAUAGGUGAGUGAUCUGGAGAGGUCAUUGAAUGUGACAUGGCUGAGGGAUGAUGGGGGCAGGGCAUCAGGAAGGCAGCUGCGGAAGGUAUGCUGCCAUGGAGCUUGGCUGGGCUGUGGGGCGAUCACUGGGCAGAGGCAGGGAGGUACAGGCUGGAGAAGCUGAGUUAGGCUGAAGUGAAGUGAGAGACUGGCCCUGGCCAUUGGAGUCGGCAAGGUCUCACGCACAGGGGUCCUGAAGGUCACAGGAGUGGCCGCUGUUCCUGCUCUCACUGCUACUGUGACUCUUCUUCCUCCCUGUUGUCCUCAGCAGGACUCUUCAGCCCUUGACAUGGCCAUCCAGCACGCUCUGGCAGGGCUCUACCCGCCCUUUGAAGCCACUGCCCCUACUGUCCUGGGGCAAGUGUUCCGGCUGCUGGACUCUGACUUCCGGGGAGACGGGCUGAGCUUCCUCCUGGAUUUCCUCAUCCCUGCCAAACGCCUGUGUGAGCAAGUGCGAGAAGCAGCCUGCGCCCUCUACACCCACUGCCUCUUCCUGCAUGAGGGCUGGCCGCUGUGUCUGCGGGACGAGGUCGUGGUCCACCUGGCUCCACUCAACCCGCUCCUGCUGCGUCAGGGCGACUUCUACCUUCAAGUGGAGUCCUGGGAGGAGCAGUCUGUCCACAUGACACUCAAGUGUCUUUCCCCGGACCUCCGCAAGGUGGACAGGAAGCCUAUUCCUGAGACCGCCUAUUCUCUGAUUUUCACCCCAGAAUGGCUGGAAGCCAUCAACAGUGACUUUGAGGGGAGCCCCUUACACACCUGUCUUGUGGCGUCAGAAAAUGGGAUCACGCCUGUGCCUUGGACCAGGAUAACCAGCCCAGAGUUUAUAGAUGACAGACCCCCAGUAGUGAACAUCCCUUCCUCAGAUGGGGACACUUGUCCUCUAGAGGCGCUCCAUCUGAGCAGCCCCCAGGAGCCAAGCCAGGCCAGCUCCUUGGGCAGCGUGGGGUCUGUGGUCCAGAGUUGGGCAAAGGAUAAAGGGAAGUUGUCUAGAGACAAAUAUCCUGGGCUCAUCAAGGUUGAGCCAGCAGGGCCAGGGCAGGUGGCCUUCAGGAUGGACAGUGAGACCAACCAGGGCCCGGAGGGGGACUAUGUGGCUCUCCUGGGCUUUCUCCAAGAGUGUAGAAGGGGGUCUCCAGACAGGGAGGCAGUUACACUCGGUGCGGACACUCAAGGAUGUGUGAAGCCAACAGACUCUGGAGAGAAGCCCUGCAGUAGGGGCUCAAGAAGAAAGGCCAGGCACAAAGCCUCUGACCACAUUGCAGAGAGACAGCCCCAGCAGCCCCACGUUGGUGUCCUGGAGAAGCCGCUGGACUGUACCUCUGGCCUGGUGGAAGACACUGAAGAAGAGCCAGGAGCCUCUGAGAUGCAAACGCCUUUGGGAAUGCCGGCAGCCAUGGUCCAGCUCAGGCCUGGGCCAAGACAAACACCCUCUCCUCUAUUGUCCUCGGCUGCCUCUGUAGCCCUAGCCUCCGAGACAAAGACAGAGGAGACCACACCAGGAUACGGCAGACCUUCCAAGGCUGAGGCCUUUCUCAGUAGGAACAUCUCCAUCCGUGGGUCCCCGGCUCCUGGGCUCCAGUUCUCCUUCUUGAAAGGACAGAGGGCACCCCUGACGCCCCCCGAGAAGGCUCUGCUCCAGCAUGUUGGGAAGGCCCUGAGCCCGGUCAGCUCUCUGCAGCCUUGCGGAGCCAAGGCCCCAGGGAAAGAUGGGACAGCUCUCCCCAGAACAUCUGGCUCAGCCCUACCGUCUGGGGAGCCGCCUGGCUUCCGGAAAGAUUCUGCGGGUCCCCCAGGAGGAAAACUUAGCCUGGAGGAGUGUUCCAGGCCUGAGCCCAGGAUUGGGACUCUGGGAAUCAAGCUUCUCCACUCCAGGAUAGCCUGCCUGCCAGGUGGUAGAGACCGGGCGGGGCGGCCUCUGCUCCUGGUGUCGACCACGCAGGAGGCCUGGGAGGCACCCUGGUGUACUGCCUUGGAGGUCACGGAGUUGCUGUCCUACUUAUGCGGUGUUCCUAGGCUGGAGGAUAAAGCCAAGGGGCUGCUGGUGGUGAUUGACGCCAGGAAAGGGCCCCCGAGUCCUGCUCUGGUCAGCGCCCUGCAGAGCACACAGGCCCUGGCUCCAGCCUCCAUCAGCAAAGUGCUCCUCCUGGGAGAGAAGGCAUCCAUCCUUCAGCUACCUGUACUACCUGUCCAGGUGGAGGUACUGACCUCGCUGAAGGCCCUCAGAAACCAUGUGGACCCUAGCCAGCUGCCCGAGGCUCUGGAGGGCCCCUUCCCCUAUCACCACAGCGAGUGGGUGCAGUUCUUCCAGAAGCUGGACCCGUUUGUCACUGAGCUUCGCCAGGCCUCAUCCCUGCUGCGGGCCUCCAUUCAAGAGUUUGAGAAGGGUGACCCCCCUGGUGGGGUGCAGGAGGCCACCAGGUGCCUGAGCAAGUCCAAGGAUCUGAUGGAGGCUGUGCUGAGGGACCCCGGCCUGCUGGCUCUUCAGAGGGAAGGUGGAGCUACUCUGGCCAGGCUGCAGCAGGAGGCCAGCAGGCUGACCACCAACCCUGAAGUCAGGAGCCAUCUGACUGAAGCCGCAGCCCUGUACAACCUUGUGGAUGAGCAGCUUCACGUCCUGGUCACUGCGUCCAAUCACCUCCUCCGAAGGCUGGAGCUCCGUGUCCGACUGGGUCACCUGGAAGCUGCCGUCCACCAGGUCAAUGACUGGAUGGAGCGGGAAGGAAGCCGGUGUCUGCAGGCUCUGUCCCCUGUGGAUAUAUGUGCGGAGACAGUGGAGAAAGUCCACGCCGAGUUUGAGGACUUCUUCCUGCAGGUUGCGGCCCAGUAUCGCCAGGGCCUGGAACUGUCCAAGCAGGCCGCGCAGUUGGGAGCUGCAGAGGAAGGCGCAGGGGAGCCAGGGCUCCCAGACCUGGCAGCCUUCGCCUCCACCCAGCAGGCCUUCCAGGCCAGGCUGACGCAUUUCUACAUGGCAGCCGAGAGGCAGCGCACUGACCUGGAGACCCUGCUCCACCUCCACCGCUUCAGAAAGAAGGUGUGCCGGUUCCACAUGGACUGUCAGGACCUGCUGACCCAGCUCAGGCUGGGCAAGAAGACUUCGAGGGCCAGCCCUGGGGACCCCCUCCACCUCCGCCUCCACUGCUACCUGAAGCGCCUGGCGUCUGAGUUCCAGACGGAGAAGCUCCUGGCCAUGAAGCUCCAGGUGACCUCCCUGAGCUGGGCUGGCCUGGGCCAGGAGCUGUGGGAAGAGACCCAGGAGCGACACCAGGAGACCCAGGCCUUGCUGAGGAAGGCACUGGCCUACUGCCCAUGCCCAGAGGCCACGGCUGCCCACCCAGCACACACAGAUCGAAGCGGGACAGCAGCUAAGGGCCGGGGUCUGCCUAGAGAGGUGGCCUCCAAAUGGGACAGGUCCCUACAGGACUGUCUGGCUGCAGAUGCGUCAAGAUCCCACUGGUCUCCACAUGUCUUCCAAGGGGAGCAGAGCAGAAACCUGUGGGCAGGCCUACCACCCCAGGGAACUGGCCAGACCGUGGACACCGAGGAAGGCCGAGGUGCCCCCAAGCUGGCUGAGCCCGCCCUGGAGCGGCUCCUCGCCUCUCUCUUUUCCUGGCAUCAUCUUCCCAGACAGAGCAAGGUCUCUCACCCAACUGGAGGCAGCUUUUCCUCUGAGGGGACAGACUCACAGACAUCCCUGGAGGACUCACCCCACACAAGCCCUCCUGCAUCCCUCUAACUCGAUCUGAACUGUCACGUUAGCUCUGGGGACUGGGGUAGGACCAAUGGGAGGGGUCUGCUGAGCCCACAUCACCCUAUGAGACAUGGCCAUGGAGCGAUGUCAGGAGGACCACCUUCUGGCUCCAGAAAACCCCAAGAUGAUGGAUUGUUACCCACACAGAAUAGUGUCCGUGGGAGUUAGAAUCCAGACUCAGUGGAAGCACAUUGGGCCGUGACUGCAGGGUCUCCUGUGGCAAGGCUGGCUGGGGCCACCUUUGCAAAGUCUUGCCCAGACUGCCACUUGGGGUUCACAUGGGUAACAAAGUAGUGGGAGGGGCCUCUUGCCUUGAGCCCCAGGGUAACAGACCCUGAGACUUUGCAUUUGCCGGUGACCCCCGAGCCUCUGGAAAGAGGGUGGGAAGCAGGGGGAGGGAAAUAAAGGACAUUUGUCAGGCAAGCUCCAUCCUGCCGAGGUCUGCCAGGGGGCAGCAGGGGGCAGCAGGGGGCCUCAUAGAUGCCCAUCUAGCGGGGAGGCAGCCCUCACCUCCUACUCUCAGGAGCUGACUCUAGUGGACAAGGGCAGGGGCAUGGCCGAGGAAGAAACUGCUUGACACAGAGCUCUCCCCAGGAACCCGGCUCCCCAGCUCAGACUCAAGGAACCAACCACUUGGGAUCUUGUCCUUGCAUUCCAUAGACACCUCCAGUUCCCAUGGAGUGUUACUUCAUCCCCAUGUCCCCCACAUUCAGUGUCAACCGCCCAGUGUCAUGGGGGGCAACAGUGGAGGGGGUGGGUGUAAUCUUUGAAAGCAGGUGGGGGGGGUGCAAUGGGAAGAGGACUAUUAGAUCUACAGCGCCUAGCUUUUUACAGGGCUGGCGUAGCGCCCCCUACAGUCACCUCUGAGCGCUGACAUGUUGCAAGGAUUCACGGGGCUCUGGAUCAGUCUUCACUGCCAAGAUGGCCUGCUGGCAGCCCUGCCCGAGUUUUUCAGGCCCUGAGAUGAGGGUGAAAUACCUGCUCCACCCCCACCAGUGAGGCUGUGUCAGGGGAGAGGGAAGCCCGAACCAGGCUUGGGAGGAUGAGGUGCCACGGGAGACGUCUCAGCCCCAAACAGCUUCGAGAAUCUUCUCUGAGAUUCAGGAUUUCUCCAAGCACAGCCUGAGGCCUGCCUGCUUCAGAGCCACCAGUGGAGGUGAUUUGUAAGGAAGCCUGCUCAGGGAAUGACAGGCCCUCCACAGCACACACUAAAACCAGGCCCCGGGGCCUGGGGGAGACUGGAGGCCGCACUGGGGCCACGUGAUCAGGUGUUCCAGGCCAUUGUCCAUUCUGCUGACAUCAUAGAUUACCACAGGCUGUGUGACUUACAAUGAGAGCUUACGGGACUCACAGUUCUAGAGUCUGGGAGUCCAAAGUCCAGGGGCUGCCUCUGGUGAGGACCUUCCUGUGUGCGAGCAUCGCCCGUAGAUGGAGCUUGUGUGGAAGAGGGGGGAGGGGCAAACACCCUUCAAAGAGGGCCGCUCCCGCAUUCAUCUCACAGGAGGAUGGUGAGCACCCCUAUGACUUUUCUAUCGCCGUCUCUCAAGUUUCCAACCCAUGAAUUUCAGAGGACACUUGAAACCUAGGGUGGUUCCCUUGGGAAGCUCCUGGGACCCCAGGUCCCCGGCAGCUCAGACUUUGCAUUCCUCUCCUCAGCCUUGCAUCCAGAAGGCUGACUGAGGAUGCUUGAGGAAUUUGAUCAGCCAUCUCCAUCCAAGCCUGUCACCUCAGAGGGGGGCCCAAGGCUCUUAAGCUGCUGUUGCCAUAGAAACAGCAUCCAGCCAGUGGAGACCACAGGCAAGGAGCAGGAAACCUGGGGAGCGAGAAGGAAAGCUGACUUCAGGGAGACCCACAACCACUGCUGGGAAUGAGGGGGGGGGCGAAGGGAUGAGUGAGCCAAGGAUCUUUGGGUAGGGGGGACCCCAAGGUCUUACACAUCCUCCUGUUUCCAAAAAGAACUGUACCCCAGAUGUUGACCUGCUCCUGGAGCUCCAAGGGAGAAAAGGUGCAGAUGUGGAAUACGGGUGAAUGACCACAUUCAAAAAUGAGGACGGGCUGGGAAGAUGGGUGGAGUGUUUACUGUGUGAGCAUGGGGACCUGAGCGUGGGGACCUGAGCGUGGACUCCCCAGCACCCAUGGAAAAAGCUUGGUGUGGCUGUGCGUGUCUAUACCCUGGAGCAAGGGGGUUGAGACAGCAGGCAGAUCCCUGAGGCUCACCCAGCCAGCCUAGCUGAAUCCAUGAGCUCCAGGUUCAAUAAGUUUCUGUACCAAAAAACAAGGUGGAGAGAAAAGCCGCUGUUGUCUUGUCUGGCCUCCACCUGUUCCGGCGAUGGCUCCCGAACGUGCGUACACAUGCAUGCAAAAACUUAAAGAAAAAGAACGAAGAAUCAGCUGGUGUUUCAGUCACAUUCAGCUUUGUGCUGAGCUCCUAAAAAAAAA